CCAGAGAUAAAUCACCUAACUUACUCUAGACCAAUCAGCUUUAAGAGGCCGGACCUGGAGGAGUGUCUGAGGAAAUACAGAUAGAAUGUCAGGAAGCUUCAACAUGUAUACAACUCAGAUCGAGCAACUGAAGUUAAGUUAAGCAAAAGGCUGUAUUCUCCAGUGGUCAUGGAUAAACCAGUCUGCUUGGUUGACACUGGGUCAGAUGGGAAGCUGUGUGUGCAGGAGUCAGCACUACAGAUCCUGACGCAGAUCCAGCAGCCAGUGGUGGUGGUGGCCGUGGUCGGUCUCUACCGCACCGGGAAGUCCUACCUGAUGAACCGCCUCGCAGGGAAACAAUAUGUCACAGAGUUGAGUGAGUUUAUAAAGGUCAAAUCAUCUGAUGAGGAUGAAGACGCAGAGUUUGUUAAGUUCUUUCCUAAUUUCAUCUGGGCCGUGAGGGACUUCACCCUGGAAAACAAAAUCAAUGGGAAAGACGUGACUGAGGACCAAUACUUAGACUAUGCCUUGACGCUGAAACCAGGCACUUCAAGAACCGUUAAAGAGUUCAACCUUCCACGGGAAUGUAUCCGAAAUUAUUUCCCAUCCCGGAAGUGUUUUACUUUCCCAUUUCCAACCAACCCAGAGAAGGUGUCUCGCCUGGAGAGCUUGGAUCCUGCUGACCUUUCCCCAGAUUUCCAGAAGGUCUCAGAUCAUUUCUGCAAGUUCAUCUUUGACAGGAGCGAAGUGAAAAAGCUGAAAGAUGGACACACAGUCACAGGCAGAGUUCUUGGUCAGCUGGUGAGGACAUAUGUAGACACGAUCUCCAGUGGUGAAGUUCCAUUUCUGGAGAACGCUGUGAUCGCCAUGGCAAAGAUUGAGAAUGAGGCAGCAGUGAAGGAGGGCCUUGAGGUUUACAGGAGUGGAAUGGAGAAGCUGAAGGACUCAUUCCCUCUGGAACUGAAGGAAGUGACCUCAGAACACCAACGUCUCAGCAGCUCGGCAACACAAACCUUCAUGAAGCGUUCCUUCAAGGACAGUGAAGGGAUAUUCAUGAAAUGUCUAGAGGAGGACAUUAAUAAACUCUUUGAAGAACACCUGUGCCAAAACGAGGAGGCUUCAAAAAAAAGAUGCGAGAAUCUCCUGUCAACGCUUUCUGCAUCAAUGACAGAGAAACUCAAGAAAGGAUUUUAUGCCAGAUCUGGUGGUUAUGUUCUCUUCUCCCAGGACCUUGAAGACAUUGUAAAGGAAUACAAAAUCCAAGCCAAUAAAGGAGUCAGGGCAGAAGACACACUUGAAGAGUUUCUGAAGCAGAAGUGUGUGGAUUCUAACGCCAUUCUGCAGGCGGACAAUAAACUGACUGAGAAGGAGAAAAAGAUUAUGGAGGAAAGAGAUAAGGCUGUUCUCCUGGCUCAGGAAAUAAAUACCAAGGAACAGAAGCAGCGACAACUGGAAGAGAAGAUGGAAGCAGAGAGACGGAGUAACGAAGAGAGGAUGAGACAGAUGAGGGAGAAGAUGGAUGAGGAGAUCAGGCUCCAGAGAGAGGAGGCUGAGCGUGCCAUGGACAGCAAACUGAGGGAGCAGAAGGAUCUGUUGGAGAAGGGCUUUAAGGAGAAGGCAGACAUGAUGACUAAAGAGAUGGAGGACUUCAGGAAGAAGAAUAAAGAAGCAGAAAUGAAAAGUGACCAGCUGUUUAAAAAUAUGAUUGAAAACAUGAACAAAAGACAUGAUGAGACUAUGAAGCUAAUGACGAGGCAACACGGUGAGCAGAUGAAGGCAAUCAUGAGCAUGCCGAGGCCUAAGUCAGACUCCUCCUCUCUAAUCUUGCGUCUGAUCCUCGGCGGUCUCAGCAGUGUUUUACUCCCAGGUCCGUGUCCCCGUAAAUGCUAAUCUAUCUAGAGUCACACCCAGCUGUCACACCAGCACAGCAUCUCUUACUGUCAGUAAGAGGUACGCCCAGUCAGAGCUCCUCACAUUGAAGCAGACACUCCCUGGGGAAAAAAAGUUUUUUUUUUUUGUGUCGUGGUUUUUUUAAGUGAACAGUUUAAGUCAGACAAUGAAUAUUCAUCCCCCAAAGCAACAUGGCUUUGUAUCUUUGUUUCAUUUGGUAUAUUGAGCAAUACAAUGUUCUUUUUAAAUGGCAGAUAAACAUGUU